AAAGAAAAAUUUAGAGCUUAAAGAAUGUAAUUCCCCUGAGUUGGUUAACAUGGCACUGUCUAGGAGUGUUUAGUAUUACAUUAAAAAGAGUUGUGCUGCAGAGUAGAAUGGCUUUUUCUAAUCAAUACCUAGGUGAUUUACGCUUACCUUUCAAAUAUUUUGAAUGUUUUAGGAACGUCAAUAAUUUCUAUGAACGAUUUUAGUUAUAAUAUCAGCCCAGCAACGAAUUCAAGAUGUUUGCUACUAAACGUAAAUAUGCUACUGAUAUGGAUGAAGAAGGGAAUUCCAAAAAUGCAAAGCUUGCACAAGCUGGUAGUCCUAAAGAAUCAAAUUUUACAAGAUUUUCAAGUGACUCUGCUGAAGGCAAUACGGACCUCAGUGAAGAAUUUGAAAAUGCAGCAGAUUUAAAAAAUGAUUAUUGUGAAGAUUUAGAUGAUGAUGAUGAUGAUGACGACGACGAGGUGAAUAUGAAAGAAGAACCAAAGAAACCAGAUGGUGUUAAAACUCCAGAUCGUUUGUCAGACUUCGAUGAUCCAGAUUCUGCUGCAAUGGCACUGAGGGAAUUUGAUGUUCUUGAUGAAUUUGAUCAUGAUGAAAAUGAUGAUCAAGAGUCUGACAAUCAAUCAGAAAGGAGUUACGAUUCUGAUGUUCCAGAUGAGGAAAUUGAGGCAAUGUUGGAAGAGGGACUUCCAGAAGAAUUUAAAAGAAAGAAGAAACAAGUUAAUGUAAAGGAAGGUGAAGGAGAAAAUCCGUAUGAACAGCGAGAGAAAAUUGUUCUAGAAGAAAUCGGUCAUAAUCAUUUUGACAUGUUACCUGAAGGAUGGGUACAAGUAACACACAAUAGUGGUAUGCCAAUAUACCUUCAUAAACAAUCACGGGUUUGCACCUUAUCCAAACCAUAUUUUUUAGGACCAGGAAGUGCAAGGAAACAUGAAGUUCCCUUGAGUGCUAUUCCUUGUUUGCAAUAUCGCCGAGCUUUGGAUACAAAAUCCAACCAGCCCAUAGGCUGUCCCAUGCAGGCCCAGCAGCAAACACUUAGCACUGCGUCGACUGGAGAAAUUGAUGAAGUUGCUGUUGCUGGAGAAAACCUGCAGGCACCAUCAAGCAACAAUUUAGUGAAUGGAACACUCCAAGAACUGAUACAAUCAAGCACACCAUCGAUUCCUGUUUUGGAUGCAGCCCUCCCUAAUGCAUCAAUUGAAACAAUACAAGAAAAUAAAGCUACCCAGUCUCUGAAUCAUUUACAAGUAAGAGAAUAUUGCCAAAAGCUUUUCCACUUCAAGACAAUAAAAGUUCUGCGGUUCAAAUCAUGGUCAGAAAGAAGAAAGUUUACAAAGCAGAAGAAGCAACAAAAACAACUACAACGUCCUACUUUGCCAGAAGGAACAAAACUUAUUAAAUUCCCUAUUCAAAAUCCAGGCUUUGAUUAUUUGCUAGAUAAUGCAGGUUAUCGAGAAAGUGGCCAUCCUAAGAAAGAAUGGAUAAUGAACCCUAAUGGAAAAAGUUAUGUUUGCAUACUUCAUGAAUAUGUUCAACAUGCACUAAAGAAACAACCCUCAUACAGCUUUAAAGAACUAGAGAAUGCAGCUACUCCAUAUGCAGCUACAGUAACAAUAAAUGGAAUGCAGUAUGGUGUUGGCUAUGGAACAAGCAAAAAGCAAGCUAAAUCUGAUGCUGCCAAAGCUACUCUUGAAAUAUUAAUUCCAGAGAUGCGUGAUAAAAUUCAAGCUGACGAACGAGUGGGAGCACGAGUCACUCUUAAGGGUCCAGACACUGAUCUUUCUUUCUUUGAUGAAAUCAAGAUUGAAGAUCCUAGAGUGGCAGAAUUGUGUGCUAAAACAACUGAACCAUCUCCAUAUGCAAUAUUACUUACAUGUCUGCAAAGAAAUUUUGGACUUGGAGAAAUGCAUAUCAAGUACGAAGUUAAUACUUUGCGGCAUCAGAAAAACGAAUUUACUAUGACUGUUGGUCGUCACACUGCCAAAGUUAUCUGUAAAAAUAAACGGGAUGGAAAGCAACGUGCUUCUCAGGCUAUCUUACAAGCAUUGCAUCCUCACAUUACAAGUUGGGGGUCUCUGCUUCGCUUGUAUGGGAGCCGAUCUGUGAAAAGUAUUAAAGAGAAAAAACAGGAAGAACAAGAAAUAACACUUCUGCAGAGCAAAGCUGCAGUUAACUCCCCAAACUUCGCAAUCUUGGAAAAACUCAACAAGGAGAUGUUCAAGUUGAGAGAAAUCACUUAUGCUCAGAAGCCUAUUGGUAAAUUUGUGCCCCCAGACGAUGUAGAUCUUCCCUCAGCAUCUGGAGCUGAUCUUAAUAAUGUUGAUCUUUGAGCAUUAUUGUACAAUUUGUCAUGAGAUUUGUAGUAUUGUUUCACGAUUUCUUUUACAACAACAAUGCUGUAAAUGGAGAACUAUACCCAUUUCUAGAAAGGCUGUGGUGUUUUUAUGCCUGUUAUUUUUAUCAAAUAUUGUUGUGCAUUAAGUACUUCAUAAAACAUAAUUUCAUUGUGAUCCUCCGAACCAUUUCAAUUUUUAGUAAAAGGCAUUAUAAAUGAUUGACGAGUGAUUGUAAAUAUAUUUUCAGAAAAUGAAAGGACGUUUUUGUUUGUAUUUAAUCCUUUCUUUAAAGCAUUAUGUGAUGAAGUAAAUGCUUUUUAAAUUCUGCAAAGCAUUUAGUUACAUUAGGUAGCAAAUGAAAUAGUAAUUUAUUUGAUCAAAAGAUACCUCUUACUCAUCUGAUGCUCAAUGACUUUGGUUACACAUUAAAAGGUGCUUAGAUGAAUAUUCCAUGUAAUGUGAUAAUUUUGUCUGUGGCAGGGACCAUAUGGUAUGGAUUUCAGUUUUAAAAUAUUAAAUAACUGUUACUGUCUAAGUAUUGUAGUUAUAGCUCUUCAGAAAGAUAAUACUGACUCAUCAUUGUAGUGGUCUUCCAGAGAAUAAUUAUUUAUAUCCAGUGUAAUGUACUCUGGAAUUAUGUUAAAAGGCCCAAGAUAAUGGAUUCAAUCUGGUAAACACUGCAUGUGAGGUGUUUUGGUGUACUCAACCAGAAUCUUCCCAACUCUUCCCUCGAUUUUGCGUAACUAUGCCUAUUUCUCAGGUAAAAUAACAACAAAUGUGAAAGGGAAACAUUCUACAAUCAGUGGCGUAAGUUCAACAGAGGCUGCCGUUGGACCAAUAGAAUAUAGGGGGGCCCCCUAAUUGAAGACGUGUCAUUAAUUUAAUUUUGUAAUGUUAAACUGCAUUUUAGAAGUGAAAAUGUUUAUUAUAAUACACUAUAAGAGAAAAUAAUUUAUUUUUGUAAUUUCAUGACAUAAUUUAAAUUUUGAUCUUUUCUUUGCAUUUACAAAUUUAUCACCAUCAUAAAUAUUAUUUUUUAACCACAUCGGAUUUUGCAAUCAAUGGAUAAAAUUCAUUAAUUUUUCAGACACUCCUGUGCCAUUUUACUUCAUUAAUUUUUAAUUGGUAAGUGUUAUUUCUGAAGUUUUAUUGGACUGCAAAUUUAAUAUUAUAUGGCACACAGCCACUCUUCCUUUUAAUUUAAUGUUAAUUUGUUUCUGUCUCUCACUCAUUUUUAAACAUUUGUCAAUGGCUUGUGAAAGAACAUCCUCCAUCAAAAUUAUUGCCCGCGAUUGCCGCUAGAGGUCAUGUUAUCUAAGCAAUAGUAACUAGACGUCUAUGCAAUAACUUGUCAGUGUAACUCGGCAAAUAAUUUAUUUAUUUGAUCCCAUGUUUUUGUAGGUAAGAAUUCAUUAUUUAACACUGAAAUUUACUUUUAUUCAGGGGACCCCAGACAUGGUCCUGUCAGUCCUUAUAAAACUUACGCCGCUGGCUACGAUCCAACUUCACACAAAGAACCAAGAAAUAUAUUAUGUUAUCAAUGAAAAUAAACAACCAGAUAAUAUUGUAUACCAAAUUGUAAUGUAGCAUUAAAACAAAUCAAAAUAUUCUUGCAACAGAAUAUUAUCACAAAACAAUUUUAUUUUCUUGUGGUAAUUGGAUAAUUAUUAUUUUUGCAUAAUUAAUAGAUCACAAAUAACGCAGAAUUAAUUAAGACAUGUAUAUUAUUGAUGUAUUGUGAUAGCUAUCUAAAACAAGCGUCAAUUGCUAAGUUGUUUCUUUUACAAUACAUGCUACUGUAAAAUUAUCAUAGUAAUCAGGGAGGAAUAUUCAAGACUGAAAUUGUGAUUAAGGUUAAUUCAAGGGUGCACAGAUAAAGAGAGAAGAAGUUUUUUGUGAAAGGGAAGUGAAGCUGUUAAAGGAGUUACUCAUGACAAAAUCUUAUUCUAUACAAAGAAUUUACCAUUAAAAUAUAGUGAAUUUAUUAUUUUUGAAUAUUGUCUGGUUUUCAUUGAUCACAUAGAAAAUUGUAUUCUUAUUUUUCUUUAAACUCACAUUUAUGACUUUACCUCUCUCUCCCCCCCCCCAACACCAUGAAAUUUGGAGUGUCACCAUUUACUCAUUACCAACGUGGAAACACUUCCAUUCCUAAGACGCUAAGUGGUUGGAGAUUUUCCAGUGACUUUGAGUAGUAAUCAUGUAAACAUACGAGAUUUUUCCUAAAUAACUUAUUUGAAAAAUACGGGAUUGUCUUAUAUUUGCAGAUUAUGCCUAUUCGGGUAGGAUUUGUUUUAACAUUUCCUUUUUUGUCUCCAUGACAUGAAACUAAUGUUAACUUAAAAAUUAGCCGUGAAGACAAAAGUAUCAGAUUUAUGUGUAAUACCUAAUUAUAUUCCCUGACGUGUUGUGAAUUUGCCAGGCAAUUCAAACCGGUAUUUUUGAAUGUGUCAAUACACAGAGAAUCUCAAGCAAAUGGCAUUGUAGGGAAACUCUAUUGAAAAUAAAUUGAAGUUGUUGCUGAGAUUUUGUUCCACAAUACAGUGAUAAACAAAGCUGAAGGUUUGACAGCCAUCUGAGUUUUGGAAGAGGACAAAAUAAAAAAAUCCACUUGUUAGAAGUACACAUUCUACAUUCAAUCAUAGGAAGGAAAAAAGUAUCUUAGCAAAAACUUUCCAAAUUGGAAACUUGCUGCCCACAUUACCUACAAAACAAAGAUGUAUGAAUUCUCACUUCACAACUCUUAUCAGAGAAACAUUAAACAACAUUAAUUUCAAGUACAUUGUGAUAAAAAAAAUAUGAAAGAACAGUUAAAAAUCAGAAGCCACGAACAUAGCUGAGACAGAUCAAAAAUCAUGGUACAGAAGGCAGUGUUAAUUCAGUAUGCAAAACUUUUAGACGGGCUGAAAAGUCAUAGGACGAAAAAGAAAGUAGACAACAACAAUCCAUGUGAAGGCAAAGUGGCUAGUGACAAAAACUAUGAGGAUUUUAAGAAACAAAAAAAUAGUUACACCCAGGUGAUAAGUUUUAACAUUCUCAUCAACAGGACAACUAGUCAAUUAGACAAUUUUAUUUUGACUAAAUAGUAAGAAAUAGUUUGAAAUUUCUCUGAAAGCUUCUUCAAAAUUAGGGUGUUGUCUUACAAUUCAAGUUUUCUUAUAUUUGUGAAAAUUCAGUAAAUGUUGAAAGCUCCCGAAUACACCACUAUUUUGAUGAGCAGUUUCUCUUGGUGUAUAUUAAUCAGUGUGUUCUCAAAUAAAUAAGUUAUUUUCAUUAUGGAGAAAUCCAUAUUGGUGGUACAGGCAGCUUUCAUAUGGAAUACAAGAUUGGAUAAUGUACAAUGUGCAUUUCCUGUUAAGUCACUUAAUUCCCAGCUACCUCCUCCCUAAUAUCAAUCCAUUUUCCAUUGAUUGAUAGUGAUAUGUAAUAUUUCAAUACUGCCCACUCACAGCCCAAAUGCUACCCAGUUUCUUACUGAAAAUAAAUGUUUAAAGAAAUGUACUGAUACAUGAAUUGGACCAGAAAAUGUAAACAUGUUGCAUGCAUUAACUUCUUGUUACAAUUUUAUUGUUGAAAUGGUUUCUAAAAGCUGAAAUGACAAAGUCAUUUUAUUGGAAAUCUUGUUACUUAAAUAAUGUACUCCUAUUCAAUUACUGUGCAGCUGCAAUCAUGUAUGCUCGACAGAUUGUGAUGUUUUGUAAUUUGAUAAAACUUAAGUAACUAUUUUGAAAGUACUUCCUUGUCGGUGCAUUUCUGUAUGUAUAUAUAUAUAUAUAUAUAUGUGUGUGUGUGUGAAAUGUAAUUGCAGUAUUAGUAAGAAUCGAUAGUUGUAGAUUGUUAUUGAUCAAUGUUAAAAGUUUCAGAUGACUGACUGAUUGAGAAAUAAAGCACAAUUGAAUACAAAUGUUUUAUUGCCAACCAAAUUAAUAAAAUUCUGUCAAUGCCAUUUCUCUUCAUCAGACAAUAAGAAUAAUUCAAUUUUAAAGCUGAUCACAUUUGAUUUCUCUCUUGUAUUUUUUCUUAUAUAGUUAAUUUGUUCCAAAGUGCUACAACUCAAGUUGUGUGCGUGUUUGGGAGGGGGGCGGGUUCUGGUAACUUCUAAUAUUGUAAUUCUUUUCAAAGUGAUAAUCCUUUUUUAUCUUCCUUUUGCACAAAUUUUCUGUUUCUAUAAUUUGCAUACCACGCCUCUUCGAUUAAAAAAUAUUCAAGGGAUUGACAAUGUACAAAGAAAACUAUUAAUAUAAUUAAUAUGUGCAGUAUACAGUAGGUAUAAAUAGGUCUUUUAAAUUGAGAUUCAUGUGAAGUUCUUUGUGACAAAUUUGUUGCUAACAAUCAAUGCUGAUUUUUGCAUGACAUUAAUAUUAAUAAGUAAAUUUGAUUACUCGGCUGAAUAAAAUAUU